AAUCUACGCGCUGUUGUUGGGUUUGUGCCCGCGCAUUGUCGAUCAAGUACGUUCGCGGCUGUGAUUGUAAUAACUUCUUGACGCUGGACGAGGCACCGAAAUGCAGCACGACAGCGCAGGAGAAGGCAGCUCGGCCUUCGUCAAGUUGAAACCCUUCUGCAUGCGCCUGAUCAAAGAUCAGUCAAGAGAGAACGUCGUUGCUCUGCGCCGAGCACUCGAGCAACUCGAAAACGACUCGCUACAGAACCUGCACGAAUAUGUCUUGUUUCCUCUGACACUGGUCCUCCAAAAUGCGAAGAGGAGAGAAGCUCUCGUCAUAGAGACUAUCGAAUGCAUCUGUGACAUGUUGCCUGAGGUGCGCGUUAGUAGCUGGGAAGUGUUCUCCGACUUGUUCCUACGGUUACUUGUUGUUGUGAGUUCCGUCAAGGAUGGUCUCGGAGUUUCAUCGACAAGUGAAGAGGUAAAACUUGCAUUUGUAAAGGGACUGCGGAGCCUCCUCGAAAGUGCAGAUACCAGCAUUUUGACGCAGAUGCUCGACAUCGAGUUUCGACUCUGCCUCGGCCACGCCGUCACCAUACUCUUGUCGCUCGCCGAAAAAGAACGGAACAGGACCCUUCAAGUCAGUGCCAUGCAAUGCCUUGAGAAACUGGCCUGUCAUGGCCUACGAGGUUCCUCAAGCGACGAGCACAUGCACCUUUGUUCUGGGAAUGCGUUUGCUGGUUUCCUUCCUGGCAUUUCGAUUGCUUUGACGCACGUCAUCUUGAACACUGAGAAUCGAAGUCAGAAAACUGCUGCAGUCGCUUUGAACACGUGGGCAUGUGUCAUGGAAGAGGUCUUGAGCGAUCAGCAUUUGCAGUACUACAAGCAGAAGGCGGCAUUGCAAGAGGCAGACCAGAACCUUUCUGGCGCCGCUUCCCGGGUGCCCCGCAUCCAGCGAACCGACGACUGGGUCAAGUCCACGGCCGAAAAGCUGUCAAUCCUGGUGCACAGGGUGUGUCCCUGCCUCGCAAGUUGUGAGCCGAAAACCAAGAUGGCGGCGCUGGAUUGGGCCCGUGUCAGUUUGAUCAGCUGCAAGAGGUCACUGGAAACACUGGCAUCUCCUCUGCUGCAGCUGACAUUGACGCUGAGUUCGGACGACGAUCAAGAAGUGGCUGCCAAGAGCUCGUCGCUCUUGGACGAAGUUGCCGAACAGAUGGCACACGACACUUCAUCUCUCAUUGAAAUCCUCGAGGAGGACUUCUACAAGGCCCUCGGAAAGUGCCCGCACGUCAUCUGGACUGGAAGCGACGCUGAAAAACUGUCUCUUGUCAAGCUCCUUUCUGGAUACCUCACAAUUUUUCGAACUAAGGUGGCCAAAAUCUUGGUGUCAACAUCUGUUUGCCAGAGGUUGUUGAAUGUAUUGUUUCUGCUGACCGAGUUUGAAACUGGCAGCAUGAACCUCUUGGCUGAGCAGCCGGCGUCUCUAGACUUCUCAGACACCACCGAGUAUGGACUAAAAAGCUAUCACAGGCAGUUCAAGCACUUUGCAGACGUCCGCAUCUUCAAAGAGUUUUCUACAGUCUGCAGACUUUUAGGGUGUUAUGGUGAUGUCAUGCUGCUGACGGACGUCCUUCACCAGAAGAUCCAGGAGUCUGCGACGCAGAGGAAGCAGGCCAUCCUGGUGCUGAACAACGUCCUGCUGGCCUUCAGGGACAGGAAGUCUGACAUUUCCGAGAGCGACGAAACAGACCGGAUGAGCUACCUGAGGUCACUUCUCGAGUAUUACAUCUCGGCGGAGAUGUGGAACUUGCCCCUGCAUGGCGAGACAGAAUUCGACAGCAGUGCAGAAACUCGCUUGGCCAUUUUUUCUAUUGACAAGGUAAACUCCAAUGUGCUACAAAACUGCCUGUUGCUUGAAGGAGUGGCUACCAUUGCAUUGCUGCUGGAGGCAAAGUUCCAGCCCUUGCUGAGGGUGAGCCUCUGCCCACUGCUCGAGAAGGCGGACAGCCAGAACCAUCUGGUGUCCCAGACGGCCUGCACGGCACUGCUCUGCGUGUCCCGAAGCUGCGGCUACGGUUCCAUAUCAGAACUGAUUCGGCAGAAUGCCGACUACAUCGCGGACUCGCUGCUUUUUAAGUUGAAGCAUGCUAGCCGCCACCCAGAGGUGCCGCACAUAGUGCAGGCGCUGACAAAGCACAGCAGUUGCGAUGCCAUCGGCCUCAUACAGGAUGUGGGCUACGAGGUCCUGAAUGCUUUAGACUUUUGUCACAACGAAAAUGCACUUCCGUUUCUGAGGACUCUGGGUUGCAUUGUAUUGUAUGUGAAUAGGUGGUUUCCGCCUGAGCCAAAGCAGAGCCAACCCUCACUGGAGGACACACCCAAGCGAGAGCCAUCCUUCGCGGAAUUCGUGGAGGAUUUCCAUCGCUGCAAGCAGGUCUCCGAGAAUCUCGAGGACUCAGAGGAACCGGCCGACGCUGAAGAGGACGUCCCGGAAGACGCGGGACAGACGAAGAAGCCCGAGGCACCGGGACACGUCAGACUGCUCGUGCAGGUCCUAAGAAGAUGCAUCCAUCUCCAAUCCAGCUCCAACAUAUGGGUCCAGACCGCCGUUCUGAGCAUUAUAUGCCAUGCCGUUGUUCCAGUCUCCGGCUGCGAAGAUGAGGUACUGCCCAUCGUUCAUCUGCUCUGGAAGCCCCUUGUGAAUCGGUUUCAGGGUGACAACUGCACCCUGUCUAUUAAGGCGUUUGAAACACUGACGUCUCUCGUGGAUGCCUCUGGAGACUUCAUCAGACAGCGAACCCUGAAGGAAGUGUGGCCGAAGCUGGCAGCGUUCUUGGUCAGUCAGCACUCUGUCAGUCGGAACAAAGGAAAAGCGUACGAGAUCACAGCAGCAUUCAAAUACCAGCUGGUACUAUUACGUGGCCUGGGCCCUCUUUCACGCAAGCUCAAGAUCGAUGAAAAGGACAUUGCACUGCUCGCAUCUGUCGUCGUGCCUUACAUGGACCUGUCCCAACCAAAGGAAUUGCAGUCGGCUGCUGUUGGCUGCACAGAAGAGCUUGCCAGAUGCAGUCCUGACAGCGUCUGGUUUUUCCUCAUGAAGACAUACUGCAGCUGCCAGCAUUCCUGGUCACCGUCGUCACUGCUCCGCCCAGUUCCUUUCUCCCAAGUCCUAAAUCUAUCAAAUAAGAAUGUUUCGCAUGUUUUGAACUACUUGACAAGUUCAUAGUAGUGUUAUUUCUACAUCAGUGUGUAAAUAAAAGGGUGCAUUGGUGUUGUACCCAAUGUGGGUCUGGUGCUGCAUCACUUUAUUGAGACCCAAACCAGGAGCAAUACCGCAAACGGUCGCAACGCUGGGUGGGGGCGUACAAGAACCGGACAAUGCACUGGUGUGUCUCUUAUAUCGCGCUGUGCUGUCAUGUGCCCCAAGGAGCGGCGCUGGGCCACUAUCUUAUCACUAGAGCCCUGCAUGCAUAACAGUUUGAUCAUCCACAUCCGCAGACUUUGUAUCCGCAUCCGCAAUGUUCGUAAAUAGUUGUAUCCGAUCUGCAUCAGCUGAAUUUCUAUCCGCAUCCGACCCUCAAUCUGCGCAUUCAUUUUACAUCAUAAAAUCAAGCAUGAAUAAAAAUUUUAAAAAAGCAUCUGGGUGGUAUUUGACAAGCCAUCUGUUUACCUUUGUACAUAGAGCUCUUCAUGUCAGAAUAUGUGAAAGUAAUUUUAUCAUACUUAUAUAAUAAGCGAUCAUCCUUUCAGAGAAGGAUGGCGUCUGCAAUUGGCAUCUCUGUCUAUGAGCACGCCACCCAUCGUCGUCAUGAUACACUAGCGUGCCGCCACACACGGAGCAAGCGGCGAGACCCUGACAUCUUCCUUUCUAGCCACCAUGGCAAGGUUGUUGCGUAGAAAAAGUCUCUCUCCGUUGGUGCACUUGAUGCUGGGAUGGCAUGCACGACCUUUGCUACAAAAAUGAGGUGCGGAGACUCUAGUCUGCCGCAAGUUCUAAAACUCCAGAGGAUCUUCAAUCUACUUGUAGGCAAAGAAGCCAUUUGCAGGCUUCUUCUACUUUAUUGUGAGUUGUAUGUUUAGGGUUAGCUUUGACCAAAGAAUGCCUUCUGCUUAUUCCUUGCCAAACAAGAACAAGGUUUUUU